AAACUAAUUGGACGAUAAAAAUAAUUUGAUAAUUGAUGCUGCCAAUUCGCGGCUGUACACGAGUCGUGGGAACAAUAGUCGACCUUAGGACAAAUAUACAUUGGACCAAACGACAGUGCUGUUGUCGAUGAUAAUAUUAUGUCGUACUGCUGACGGCUAUGGAGUGAGGUGUCUUAUCCCUACCUAACUGAUAACGUUCUUUGAAUAUCUGGUUAAAAGUCUUUACGUUCCUUGUACGGUACUCUAGUUUCAAUCAUCCGCACAAUCAACAGUUCAAAUUUCAAUAUUCUUGUUUCGGUAUUCUAGCCGCUUCUUGUUUUGUUAAUCAGGUGCUUAAAAAAUGGUUGUCAAAGUAUACAUAUCCGGCAUAUCCGGUAACAAAGAGGUGAAAAAACGCCAACAAAGAGUAACUAUGAUUUUAGACAGCAAGAGUAUAGAAUACGAUCUGGUGGACAUUACAGAACCGGGCAAAGAGGAAGAUAAAGCAUACAUGCAAACGAACAGUAAAACUAAAGAUGGAUCGAGAAACGCGUUGCCCCCACAAAUAUUCAACAAUAAUGUUUAUUGCGGGGACUAUGAUGACUUUGACAUUGCAAAUGAAUUGGAUGAAUUAGAUAAGUUUUUUGAUAUUUCUUCCAAAAAACAACCAUCAGAGGCAAAAGAAAUAAAUGGUUCAGACAAAACGGAAGAACACAAAGAAGAAAGCACUAAUGGUGAAAAUAAGCCAGUUGAAGGAGCUGUAAAUGACAGUUCUAACGAAGAAGAAGAUGAGAAAUCGAAGUCUGAUGGUAAUGAUUCUGAUGAAGACGAAAAAGAUUUAAAAGAAUCGCUUGACACGCAGGUAAAAAUGAAUGGCACAACAGAAGAAAAUACAGAAUCCGUCCCACAUCCUGAUGACACAAAAAAUACAGUAUUAGAUAUCCCAGAAACUAAACAAGAUAAGAUAUCAGAUAAUGAAGAGGAAAUUGAAGAGUGAGAUGUUAAUGCACUCCAUACUAUUUAUUAAAUAAGAAUAAAAAUUAAAACAAAUGUACAAAAUAUAAAUCCCCGUUACGCUGCCUUAAUUCUAACAAAUUAUUGUUAUUUUAUAUUUAACAUAUUAUAUCCUUUUAGUAAAAAUCUCAGUUAAAUUACAUUUUAACUUAAUAAUUUAUUAAUUUUUUUUAUUUAUUUAAUCAUAUUUAAUAUUUUCUGAAGGAGUAUUUGUAAGCUAUAUAUACCAUCUUUAUUAUAAUGCUUAAAUUAUUAUCUAUUAAUUUUGGUCUGUGCGUAUUUUGUCCAUGACUGU